AUGCGGAGGCUAAAACGGCUAUGGCAGAGGAAGCGUCCCCAGAAGGAGGAGCAGAUGCCGACUCCGAUGCCUCUUGCGACGCCCGCUGUCACCGAUAGCCCAAAGACUUCCUCUCUUUCCAAAUUUGAACAACUUCCAUUUGAGAUUCGAAACGGAAUUUUCCUUGCUAUAGACUCCUUAUCAGAUCUUUCAGCCUUGGUUCAUGCGUCUCCCAUCUUUCAUGAACAGUACCGACUUGACCGAGCGUUUUGGCUAUGGCAUUGCUUGAAGCUUGAAAUGGGCAAUGUCUAUAUUGAUGCCUAUAUUGCCGAUCAGUGCAACGCUCGGAAAUUUCGUUUCAAACGUACGCGAGAAAAGAUCUUGCUCCUCAUCGAAGAUUACAAGUCACAUCGCUCGCUGAGCACAGAUAUCUUUACCAAACACCCCGAUCAGGAUCAGAUCCUCAGCAUCGUCACUUUUCAUUCUUCCGUCAUCCGUCCCCUCAUAUAUCACUACGUCUCCUGGACUCGCUCAAAUAUGGAGUCUCUCUCCUCGCCGAAAGAAAUCAGCAAAACAGAGGAGAGGCGCAUCAUCCGUGGCUUAUACCGCUUCCAAAUAUUCAGUAAUCUCUUUGGGCCCGCACGGCACAGGGGCUACCGGCAUGGAGAGAGUUUACUUGGAGACGAAGAAAGACUUGGUCUCUUUCUCGAUGGCUUUGAAGCCUGGGAGGUUGAAGAAAUGUUAUGCAUCAACGUUUUUAUGCACGCCAAGUACGACAGGGUAUUUCAGGAAGUCCAAUGGGACUUGCAUCCAGAUAACCCGUCAUUCGAUAUCGUAAGGACGGGUCCACAUACACCGCCCGGCGCAUUCCACCUUGUUGACCAUCGUGAGUACCAUGGCUGUGCAUCUGGAAAUGCGUUGUUGACUCUUCCAGUGUCCUCAGAAUGGCACAGGACCGGCAUAGUCUAUAGGGGGCUUUCCGUCCUGUCUUCAGUGUUCAAGGCACAAGACCACCUGGAACUUGUUAAAGUGGUCUCGGAAGAGGUCGUUACGGCCGUGGAUGACUUGCUUUUCCGGAGCACUGAAAUUUUUUAUCAAGAGCAAAGACGCGAGAAUCAGCAUUCUGACAGGGACCAAGCUCAGGAUGAUCGUGAGAAGAUGAUCUUUGGGGGCGAUAGUGAUGAAUCCCCUCCGUUUGCCUGGGUCGUCUUUUGGAAAGAAAGAUACAGCAAUCUCUUUGGCGAUUUCAUACCACGGCCUUUGCGUCAUUGGGGAUAUAUUAUGUGGGACAGGGAUCGGUUAACUAACACUAAUGCUGUUGCUAUACUUGACCAGGAGUGGAAAAGAGUAUAUACAAGGCCUUAUGACAGCGAGGAGCCGGAAGACCCCAGGGAUGAGAUUUUGGCUUAUCACUGA